AUGGAAAACCGUCCCCGCUUCUUUGGUCACGUUAUGAGGAGGCCGUCUAAUCGUCUUGUCCAAGUAGUUCUGAGGAUGCUUCCAGAUCCUAAUUGGAAAACGUCUAUCGGUCGUAAAAGAAAGUUCUGGAUUGAGGUGGUGAAGGAUCUGAGGACACUUGGCGUUGACAGGCAGUUCACUCGAGACGUGAAAUUCCGCCGCUUGUGGAAUAGCGACGGAUGGGUAGAUUCUAUGCGAAGUCUAGCUGAAGUUCGAGCAGGAUGGGAAGCGAUCGAGAAGAAGAAGAAGAAGAAGAAGAAGAAAGGGAAGAAGAGAGAGAGAGAGAAGGGGUGA